GCGUUUCAGUCGCGUCUCCUUUUCAUUUUCAUCCCUGUUUACGUUCGCGCACACACGUACGUACGUCGCACACAACACAUGUACACCACAAGCUACAGUGGUUCUCGCUUCUCUCUUUUUUUCGCGGACACAAUCGCCAUCGUCGCGCCGCGCACUUCAGCCUCCAUGUUUUCUUACGACAACAGCACACAAUAGGUUUCAGGGUCUUCGGAGUUCGCCGUCGCCCUAAAACUUUCGACUCUCGCGUGGUUAUUCAUCGAAAAGUCGAAUAAAAAACACGUGAACAGUGAAGCCAACGCAUUUUCGUAGGCGUGUUAGAGCGUUGGAAACGAGUGUCGACUUUACGCUUGGGUUGUAGGUGUUGCGUUGAGUUUGAGUGUGUGUACUCGAGAGAAUGUCGCCGACUCCUGGUGUUGGCUUGCAGUGAUAUGCACCAAGGAAUAGUCAAGAAGACGUGUAUCGUCGCCCGGUAGCACGAAUUUUUUCUUUUAAGAAGCGAGAGGAGGUAAGUGAGAUAGCGCGCAAGCAAGCAGCAGUGGUGGCGGCGGCUUUUCUUUGAUGUCCUCAGUAAAGAUGACGGGUCUUCAUUGCUUAUUCGUCUUUACCCUGGUGCUCGGCUGUGCCAGUGCAUCGCAUAUGAAAGAAAAGGAUCCGCUCGCGCCUCACGGCAAAUGCGAGCCCAUAACCAUCAAUCUCUGUAUGGACAUGCCUUACAAUGAGACCAUAAUGCCUAAUCUCUUGAAUCAUCAGAAGCAAGAAGAUGCUGGACCCGAGGUGCAUCAGUUUUCACCUCUUGUCAAGCUCAAAUGUAGUCCAGAUCUCAAGUUUUUCCUUUGUGCUAUGUAUGCACCAGUGUGUACGAUCCUUGAUAAAGCUCUGCCACCCUGUAGAUCUCUGUGUGAAAGUGCUAGGAUGGGCUGUGAAAGACUCAUGAAUAACUUUGGCUUCUAUUGGCCAGAGAGUAUGGAUUGUUCCAAAUUUCCAGAAUUUGAUGGAAAAGUGUUGUGUGUUGGUAAGAACGAAACAAGUAGAACUGAUCCACCUGUGAUUGAUGAAGAUGUCAGACUGCCUGCGGUGGAAUUCAUUCCUGGACGCAAUAUGCCAAAACCCUAUGUUAAUAAUAAUUUAAGGUUGGCUCGAGAUUAUGGAUUCGUUUGUCCACUGCAGUUUAAAGUUCUAUCAACAUACCAAUACUCGCUUAAAGUUGGAAAUAACACUGAGCCUAAUUGUGGUGCUCCAUGUGAUAAUAUGUUUUUCUCUGAGAGAGAACGCAAGUUCGCUAGAGUUUGGAUUGGUACUUGGGCUGUUUUAUGUGCUGUUUCGUGUUUCUUUACUUUUUUGACUUUCCUCAUUGACACAGACAGAUUUAGAUACCCAGAGAGACCUAUAAUAUUUUUAUCAGUAUGCUAUCUGAUGGUGGCAUUAACAUACGUCAUUGGAUGGGCUGCUGGCAAUUCGAUAUCAUGUCAGGCUCCAUUCGACCCACCAAUGGGUGGAAUGAAUAUUCAAAUGGCCUCUGUCAUAACUCAGGGCACCAAGCAUGAAAUGUGCACAAUGCUCUUCAUGGUUCUUUACUUCUUUGGAAUGGCUUCCAGUAUUUGGUGGGUUAUUUUGACUUUAACAUGGUACUUGGCUGCUGGAUUAAAAUGGGGUCACGAAGCCAUUGAGGCUAAUUCCCAGUAUUUCCAUUUGGCUGCUUGGGCUGCUCCAGCUAUCAAGACUGUCACUAUUCUUGCUAUGGGGAAAGUUGAAGGUGAUGUAUUAUCUGGAGUGUGUUACACUGGUCUAUGGAACGUGGAAGCUCUUAGAGGUUUUGUUCUUGCGCCACUUUGUGUCUACCUUAUACUGGGUACUAUAUUCCUUUUUGCUGGUUUUGUAUCUCUCUUCCGUAUUCGCACAGUAAUGAAACACGAUGGAACAAAAACUGAUAAGUUGGAGAAACUCAUGAUUCGCAUAGGAAUCUUCUCAGUCCUGUACACAGUUCCAGCUCUCAUCGUUCUUGCUUGUCUUUUCUAUGAAUCGGUAUACUUUGACAAUUGGAUGCUUACCUGGAACAUGGAGAUGUGCUCGCGUCCUGGACACCAGACUAUCUACUCGAUUCCAUGUCCUGCAGGUGAAAGAGCUAAGAAUUUGGGUAGAAAACCAGAUUUUGAGAUAUUCAUGAUCAAGUAUUUGAUGACAAUGAUUGUUGGCAUUACGAGCAGUUUCUGGGUUUGGUCGAGCAAAACUGUUACCAGCUGGAGACAGUUUUUUCAUCAUAUUCAGGGGAGACGUACAAACGCGUACGUAUAGGAAUAUUGGAUGAGAAUGAGGUUUGAUGCUAACGUUGAUACUCUGGGAAAUUCAAUUUAAUUGUUAAUCAUCCAUCCGUUUGCCUUGUCAUUAAAGUUUAUGUUUUAUUGACUCCAAAGUAUUAUUACAUUACAUCUAAAUAGAAUUGGAGACUUUUGUUUUUUAAUAUUACUUUUGAAUUGAUAUAAUAAUAGAUUCACGGCAUUUAUAUAAAACAAAAUAACAGAACAAUUAAAGUAUACAUAAAUCAUAAUCCACAUAUUUAAAUAACUUCAUUAAUACAAUGGUUAAAAGUUAAAAUACAGAUUAGUUUUUACUAAGUUUUGAUGGUUAAACAAAUAGUUGAGCAAUCUACUCAUCAAUUGUCGGUCCUUGAUAUAAGUAAGUUGGAAAAAUCUGAUUUAACAACAAACACGUUGUUAUUAAUAUCAGUGUGCUACUGAUAAAGCAAUUUAUAAGCAUUUCCAUGAACAAAUUCAAUAUUUAUAAUGUUUUAGUAAGUAAAUAAGCAGAUGAUCCUUUAUGGACUGUUGAUACGGCAUUAAGUUUUUCGUGAAGCAAACGGAUGUGAUAAAUUCAGUUGAUUUAGAAAUUAAGUUUUAUGAUGAAAAUACUUUUGUUGAUUUUUCAUUCAAAUUGAUUUUCAGUGAAAAUCAAAGAAUAAGAUAACUAAAGUUACUCUCAACACGUCCAAGUUCUUUGAAGUAUAUUUGAAUUAUGGAUGCGCCUUGAUUUUCGUGUUCCUACAAAGUUGGUAUAUUAAUUAACAGAUCUGACAACAAGUUUACGUCCAAUAACUUAGGUUUCGUUAUAAUUUUAUUCGUGAUUUAUGAAAUUUUGUGCCAAUUAGUUUGUUUGAAUUGUAAAUUUUUAUGCAGAAUGUAAAUUGGACUUAUAAUGUAUAUUAUAUUUUACAUUAUGUACUGUAUUUGAAAUUUGUUAUGAUGUGUGUGUGAAGCUUAAAGUGUAUAAUGAUCUUAGAUGACUUCCUAUUAAAAGCUAUUUUUUACAUUUAUCAAACUUGAUGUGCCUGUAAAAUUUAAGGUAAAAAAACACUCAAUUUCAAAAAUCUUCCAUUUUGUGACAAAUUAAUGCCCAAUUUUGACUUGUAAUCUUAUUGAAUGUACUAAACUUUGAGCCAAACAAAUUCAAUUUGAUAAGAAGUCUCCUAUUUUGCAAAUGGUAUAUACUUCAUUCAGUGAAGUACUUAAUAAUCAAACUAACUAUAACAAUAAUUAGAUCUUAUGACUAUUUAGUUAUUUUUGUAAGCACUUACUAAUAAUUAUGAAACAUUUGCGUAUAGAUUAUAUAUUUAUGAUCAAAUGUAAUUUUUAAUAUCAAAAACUCUUUUAUAUAAUAUGACAAACAGCAACGCAAAAAAUUAAAAAUUCUAAUUUACAGUUACAUCAUGAAACUUGUAAUCAUGAAUCCAAUCUAAUCAACAAACUAAUUAUAAGUUUUAUAACAUUUUUUAAAACGUCAGUUUUUACUUGAAACUUGGUAAUACUAAAGUCAAUUGUUUACUCUUUUUUAAGUAACAGAAAAGUAAAUAAAAAUAUUAUUUUUUCUUGUGGAGAAAUACUAACAGACUGCAUGUACAUAAUAAAGCUUUUAACCCUAUAAGAUUCUAAUACUCUUCACUUAUGUACAUAUGAAAACUUUGCAGUUUUCAAUAUUUUUAAUAUUUCAUUAUAAGUUAUAAAAUUGUUAAGUCUGUUGAUAUGACAGUAAUUUUAAAGUAUUUUUUAUUUUAAUUGCCAAUUCUAUAUUUAACUUUUUAAAAUAACAGACUGAGUUUUCUUUUCUAUCACAAAAAAAUUGCAGCUUAGAUGUAUCAAAUUUCAAGCAACAAAAUCACCACUUGUUUUAAAAUAAUUUGUAGACGUAUAGUAAUGCAAAAAAAUACACACAUACGCGCGCGCGUGUAUAUAUAUGAGCAAAUCUCCAAACCUUUUGAAAUUUGUUAUUAAAAAAAAACAUUUCUAAGCACAGCUUUGAAAAUUUUUUUUCUCUCAUAGUUGGCUUUAAAUAGCAUUAGAUAAUAUGAGCUAUUAUAUAAUGAUUUUUUCAAGACCUUUUCUUAUAAAACGGCAUAAUUAAUCUAAACUUAAAAGUUUUCAAAUAAAAUCAUCUUUAACCUUUUAAGGACGGGACUGGUCGAUAUAUCGACCACCAAUUUUGUCAGGCACUCCACGUGACAUAUUCUUUCAUUUUAUGCACAAAUAUUGUGCAAAAAAAAAAGUCAAAUUUUAACGUAAAAAUCCCCGUCCUUAAAAGGUUAAUAGGUUACAAUUGUCCAGUAUUGAAAUGAAAAUGUAUCAAAUCAUUUUUAGUAACAAUUGAACUUUAUUUUUAAAAUUUUGUAAAUAAUAAUAUAACAAAUUAUUAGUAAAAAUACAGUAGUUACAAAUAAUAUAAUAGAAAAGUGAAUAUUUUCAAUUAAAUACAUUUUUUGAUAGCUGUUUUCUUUGAACUAGAUUCCAUUUAGUUGGUUUGAGAGGAAAAAGAUUACAUGAUCAAUAUUUUCUUUUUCUCUUCUUCACUGAUGAUAUCGAUUAUAAAGUUAAAUUGUGAAAAAUAAAAUUUUCAUGGCACUGAAUUUGCCGCGCGACAUUUUUGAUGUUUAUUUACAUAUUUCAGUACACCCACAAUUUACUCUAUCUGUUUUGAAAAAGAAAUAAGAGAUGUGCAUCAGUGUGAACAUACGGAAAUUUAUUCGUUGUAUUAAUAUUAGAUUAUUAUAAUUUUUCUAAUUGUGUUCAACCAAUCGACACCAUGAAUAUGCAUCUUAAGCACCAUUCAAAACGUGAAUAAAUAACAAAUGUAAAUUGGGUUAUACAUUAAUCAAAAAGGUAUUUUUGUUGUGUCAAUGAAAUAGUACAUUAAGAUACAAGUGCGGGAAAAUAGAUUCUUGUCUUGUGUGGCGUUUACACACGAGCGAAGCGAAGGUGGAAAGGUACACGAGACGAGAAACUCUUUCCCGAACAUGUGCCGUACCGUAUUUUUUGAUACGACGUGUGGAAAAUGCGAUUUUCAAUGCACGUUUUUUGCCGAGCGUGCGGGAAAAACGCACUUUCCGCACGGAGUGUCGAAAAACACCUCUUUUUAACAUGAGGGGGGUCACUAACUAUGCUGAAUAUAAAAGUUUGUAUGUCAGAGUAUUUACAAGGCACAGAAAUAAAAUAAAAUGUGUUGUAUUGAUAAUUUGGAGUAGUAUUUUUUAUAAAGUGAGUAACACAUCUAUUUGUAUUUUUUAUUUUUUGCGUGAUAGCAUAUUCAUGAAAAUUGUUUAUUUCAAUAAUAUGUUAAAAGGUAUCUACAAAAAGCUUUUGGAAUAACUUGUCCAAGACUUUUAACAUGCAAAGAAACAAAUUGUUAUAGCAAGUUACAACAUAAAUUCUUGAAAAAAUCAUACAUUUGCGAUUUAUAGCCUUAUAACUAUAAUCGAUUGCUCAAAAUAAACUAGUGGAGAUUUUUGGUCAUCAUUUUUCUCAUGAAAAACCGAUUUUUGAUAUCGAUUCGUCGUUAUUAUAGAACGAUUAUCAUAGAGUAACUAGAAUUUUUUAAAUUUUAGGGAUUUGCUCACACACACACACACACGCGCACACACACACACACACUGCAUCACAGAUCAAAUUAUUGAUCACAUUGCUUUUCGUGUUCGAUAAUUGAGUGACAGCUGUCGAUUGUUUCUAAGAAAGAACGUUUUUUUCCGUACAGAGAGAAAAAAUUAUAAAAAAAAAAUUCGUCCAUUGAAACUUAACGAGCUUUUGUAAAUGUCUUUAAGUCUGCUAUGUUGCGACGAGAGGAAGAAUAAAUAUUAAAAUAAAAGCAUCCUCGAGAAUUAUAUUAUGAAUAUAUGGAUAAACAAAUGAUUGUGUGCGAGUGUUCGUGUUAAAAAGCACACGCUAUGACCGAUGUAUGUAUAAUGUCGUAUAUUAAGUUAUGACUGGCAUUUUACAAUUUUACAUUUAUAUAUUCUUUGUAUGGCCUAUGAAAUACAAAUGAGCUAAUGCGUGAAUGUUCACAUAUAUAUAUUGUAUGAGACAGAUGAAAAAUUAGACUUUAGACGAUUGUGUCUUCUGUAAUUUUAAUAAAAAUUUAAUUGCAAAUAAUACAAAUUAUAUAAAAGAUUGACUGUAAUGAAUAUUGAAAAAAAAUUAUUUUUUUCGAUAAGUUCUCCAAAUAAUGUGAAGCGAUUUGUAGAAAUUAUAAAUAUUGAUGAUUAUUGCUGAAUGUAAAUUUAUAAGACUCAAA